AUGAGGCUUAACAUGCAGAAAGCAAUUCUGAAUUCAACCAUUCCUACAAACGCAGAUGUCGUUGUCAAUUCCAAAGGAAUGGUCAAACGUGGCCCAGAUAGCAUUAUCGUUGACGACUCAAAUCCAGCCAUUUUAUACGGGAGUGGAUGGCAGACGGAUUACGGCACAUCUACUGCCAAUGUAAAUCCACAAUUUCCGUUUAAUAGCACACUACAUGCUGCGUUCAAGAGCACGGAAUUCUCAUACAACUUCACCGGUGAGGCCAUAGCCACUCGUCUCAUGGACUGUAUCAUUGAACACGAACGGUGUAAAACAGGUAGUUAUGUAGAGGCAUGGAUCGCAGGAACAAAUGCAUUCGACUGUUUUCUCGAUGGGGUGAAGCUGGGCUCAUCAAACACGACAUCGUCUUCUCAUGUGACGGCAGCAACAACAUCGCCAACCCCGCUACUCUCCCCAAUGUGCACAACCACUACAAAUGCAGGACAGCACACGCUACGAAUACAGGUCAACGGAACUGCUGAUGAUCCUUUUUGGGUAGAUUUUAUUCGAUAUGUGCCAAACAACUCGACAAACCUUGCACCCGCCCCCGUUGCCUCGCUUCGAGAAUUUUCCCUGACCACAACGAGGAGUGAUAAACAAUUGUCAGAGCAAUGGAAUAAUCAGGGCACGUUUAUUGCCUCGAUGGUUCCGGGGGCAACACUGGUUUUCAAUUUUACAGGCGCUUCAGUGGCUGGUCUUGGGAUUUACAACAACGACUUUGCACAUAAUUCUUCUGUAGGAUCAUACGCAGUCGAUGACGAUGAUCCGACGUAUUUCUUGAUCGAGAAUCUAUCGACCAAGGAGCAAGACUCGUUAAGCAAUCAGGUCCUCUUCCAGACACCCCAAUAUCGACCCAGUUCACAUCAAAUCAAAAUAAUAUACUAUGGGAACCCAGAGACUGCCCCACUCCUAAUGACAUCUCUCCUCGUCCACGAUCAGAUAAUGAAUUUGGCAACUAGAAAUGUCUCAAAUGCAACCGUGCCGGUGUCAUCUUCCCCUACCUCGUCUGCCGGAAUGCAAGGUAUCGAUAGCGCUGGGCCAAUUAUAUAUGGAUUAUGUGGAGCCUUCCUUGGUAUCCUUGGUAUUCUCGCAUUAUUGGUAUUGUACAACCGCCGGCGACGACAAUUACGCGAUUCGACAGCAGACAGUGCAGUGUCACCUUUUCCAGCCUUGGCAGGGCCACCCUUCAUCCCGCCCUCAAAGCAAAUGAGACAGCUUUUCCCCGAGUCAGACCCAGUAAUCCCUCAAAUCAGUACGCCAUCACUUCCAAAUCCACUUCGUAAAACACGCGGACUGUUUUCAGCUCGAAUUUCCCCGUCGAUGGUGCGCUCUCGACAGGCGCCUAUUGCACAAAUGAACACCAAUCAAAACUCUGGAGAUGUACGCCACUCUCCCUCCAUUCGCUUACUUGUGCAUGAGGACAGCGGCGUGAGACUUGAACGCCACAUCGAGAACCAGACUACCGUUGUAGAAGUCCCUCCUACGUACACUCCGCUGUGA